UUUCUUCUGAAAGAAGAGGAAUACAACUAUCAUCAAUUACAAAGGAAGGAGGGUCCGGAGAAAGAAGGAAGGGAUGGGUGUGAUCAAGGCAGCCAUCGGUGAUGCGGUGUUGACUUCCAUGUGGGUGUUCUGCGCGUCCACGCUUCGGGUCUCCACCUCCAUUAUCCAGAAGGCGCUGGGAUUCGAAAGUAUGGCUUCCGCCCUCGUUAUCACGACCACCCUCGUGGCCUUCCUCGUCUUAAUCUUCACCUUGCUCGGCGGCGCCAUGGGUGGAGCCAGCUUUAAUCCCACCGGCACUGCUUCCUUCUUCGCGGCCGGCGUCGGUGAUACCGACCUCAUCUCUAUGGCCUUCCGAUUCCCUGCUCAGGCAAUUGGGGCAGUGGGCGGUGCCUUGGCAAUUAUGGAAGUGAUGCCGGCUGAAUACAAACACAUGCUUGGCGGGCCUUCACUGAAAGUCGAUUUGCACACUGGAGCCAUCGCCGAAGGGGUCUUGACCUUCAUCAUCAGUUUCGCCGUUUUAUUUAUAGUGCUCAAGGGUCCCAAAAACCCGCUUUUAAAGGUUUGGAUGAUUGCCAUGUCGACGGUUUCAUUGGUAAUUGCAGGAAAUAAAUAUACUGGACCGGCCAUGAAUCCUGCCAAUGCCUUUGGGUGGGCUUAUGUGAACAACCGCCACAAUACAUGGGAGCAGUUCUAUGUUUACUGGAUUUGCCCCUUUACCGGAGCAAUUCUGGCUGCUUCGAUCUUCCGGGUUUUUUUCCCUCCACCUGUCAAGGAGAAGAAAGCAUAAGGAGAAAAGGAGUACAUUACUUCGUCAUUUCUGUGUCAAAGUGCUUUUACAUGUAACCCUGUUUCUUCAUUACUAUUUUCUCUGUUAGUCCUUACCAGUCUAUUUUUUAGAUAAUGUGGUUUACUGAACCUGGAAAUCACAACUGUAUGCCACUUCUCCAUACUCAAACUUGAAUGAGUUGCCUCAUGCUUUUUCUUGAAAAGCUACUUUGG